AAAUGUUAGUAAUUCAAGUAGUAGUAAAUCAAGUGUUUAUAGUGGCCAAGCUAAGUUUCAUUAUUUAGCAGACUAUUUUAGCAUAAACUAUAUCUGUAGUUCAAAGACUAUAAAAUGAUAAGACAAUUUUCAGAGCUUUUUUAUACUCAAUGUUUUUUUUUAGACGGAGCUCUGUGGAUGUUUUUUAUUGGAAUAUAUUAUACUUCUACAAACUAUAACCGUACAACGAUUGCCCAUAUUAUUAUGUAUAACUAAGGAUUUAUACUGACAUUGGAAAUUUGGGAAUUUUAUGAACUUACCUAUGUUAUAAUUUAUUGUUUAUUGUACGUGAAAUAAAUACUUUUGACUAUAUGAAUUACGUUUUUAUUACUAUUAUUUUGGUUCAAUACCCUGGGGGUUUAAUAGCUAAACAAUCCUCAGGUCUUUACUCUAAAUGUUAGAGACUGUGACAUCUUACACAUAUACAGAAUACAGAUUAUAAAUAAAAGCAGGAUACAUUAUAACCUUAAGCGCAAUUUGGUAUACAUGUCGUAUUAUGUCUGUAGAAAAAUGUUUUCAAAAUAUUUUCUAGUGUUGUAUGACUGCCUAGGCAAUAAAGAAAAAAAUUAAAAUUAAAAAAAAGAACAGUGAAAGUUAUGACUUUAUGAGUAUUAAAAUAAAAAAACAUUUUACAUAAUACCCUGAGGUGGUUGGCCAAAAUCCAGAAGAGCGUAGUGAUUAGGAGGAAAAUCCCCUAGUAUAUAAUAAGAAUGUAUCAUACGCCUGUUAAAAAUAUAAUAUUAUAUGUGCAAUAAUUCAUUGUACGGAAUACCUACGCACAAUCAAAAGCGUUGUUGUGUCGACCGUGUCCCCUCAGGUCGGUCUGAAAUUUACUGGUGAGUGAUAAAUAUAUUUUUGACAAGAGCAUUUUACUUUUAGACAUCAAUUACGCUGAAACUACUUACACAGACUUACAUUUUGAAACAAAUACACUUUUCCUUUUGGUGACAAGACUCGCGUACUUCUUCUGUGCGCAUGCUCAGUACAGUUUUGGUGCGGCUUGUUCGGAUAUUUUUCCAUUCUACACAGACAUUCAAAUUGUCAGACUUUUUACAAAAUAGAUGUGACGCAUCAGAGAACUGACUCUAGUUCCAGUGGCAUUUGAGGCAGGUAAAGCGGACAUGAUCGGCGGCGACCGCUGAACGGCAAUGAACGACGACGACGGCGGCGGCAGUGCAGACGGACGCCGUUCGGUCAGGCACCACGGCAAGCACCACAAAAUGGCACCGCCUAACAGAUGGCCGACCACGGGCGGAUCGGCGGCCGCGGCGUCGGUGGCCGACGUCGUUCGCCCGGCCGCGUCCGUCGCGGGCCGCCAUCACCGCCGGCACGACGUGUUGGUCGCUGCGGCCGGCGGCAACGACACCGCAUCCCGGUCACCGCAGCCGCCGCCACCGCAUGUGCUGCAGCACGCCGCGCCGGACAGCAUGUGCUACACGACCAACGAAGUGCUCGUCAUCAUCGCCGUCACGUGUUUCCUCAACUUCGCGUUCAUAUUGCUUAUCAUGACGUGCGUGCACUGCUUCACGGACCCGUCGCAUCACAAGAAAUUCGGAUCGGUAGCGUACGCGGAGCUCGGCGACGAGCUUUUCGACGCGGACAUGAUCGACGGUGACACGGUGACGCUGCUGAACCCGACCAAAUCGUCGCGAGACGCACUGGACUACGCGUAUGAGAAGAAAAACGGCUUCGGCGAAUGCGAUCUGGAGUCGUGUGCACCCUAUCGGGGCCUGAUACGCGACCACCGGUGCAAGUCCCGGAGAAAAUCCGAAGAUGACCUGCUCAACGCCGCAUUCGAAUGACCUCGAUGGGCGGUCGCCCCGGACCGGUGCCGGGCGCGGUCCGACACAUUCAUGUUGAAGACCCUGGGUCGAGUGGAAAAAAAAACGCACCGUCGAUUCGGCGGGACCAAAUUGGCGACGGGGCAACGACAUUACAACAAGUAUUCUGCCGUGACCUAGACAACCCUUACGCGCCGCAUAUAAUGUCAUAUUAUGUUAUAAUAUUUAUAAUAUAUAGUACCUACGCCCCCACUCAUGUGUCAACCUAAUCAAUAACCCGACCUAUAGCAGUACCUAUAGCUGCUGACCUAUGUAUCGUCCACGUCUACGCGACACAUGCCAAGUCUAAAAAUGUUGGGUUUUGGACUUCAUAUUGCAAGAUGCAGUAUAAUUCAUCAAGCAUACUCACUCCUUUUUUAUUUUUCAAUAUAAUGCAGUUAAUCAAAAUCUAAUUUUUGGAAUUUUUAAAAUAUGUAUGUAAAUUAUAAAGACCAUAUUUUCAAAUUUUAGGUAUUUUAUACUACUUUUUCACUCACUUGUUCACUCACUCAAAUGUUGAUUUUGAUAGGUACAUCAACAUUUUCAAAAAAAUAAUCGGCUAAAUAAUUUACAAUAAAAUAGUUAGGGGAUAUUUUCAUAUUUUGAAAAACAGUAGUUUGUAUCGCUACAUAACACCCUUAAGUGGUACACAAAAUCCCAAAAAAAUGAAAAUAUGGUAUUAAAGUACAUUUAAAAAGUUCAAAAAUCAGUAUUUGAAAAAAUUAAUUUUAAAGGUAAAAUGGGGAUGAACCAACUUGGUGAAUCACUCAGCAGUAUAUUAAAAUAGAUACAAUUAUUGUAUCUUUCGAUUCUAAUUUCUAACACGUUACCAAAUAUUUUACAUGGGUAAUCCAAAAAUACAAACAAAAAAUUACUUUUUAAUGUUCAGACGGAAUAGAAAACUUAUUCUCGGAAAUCAUUGUUUUGGACUCCAAAUAUUUUGCUCGAACGAGGACGAUAAAAUAAAUAAAUAUAUACGCUGAAAGAUCCGCUUGACGCUUAAUUCAAUGUCCCUUUUUCCUCAACCUGCUGAAAAUGAUAUGUAACACUUCAAUUUGGGUACAUUUGAAUUGAUUCCCAAUGUAUCUGUUAAAUAUUCCCAACCGGCUGUCGCAUUGAUUCACAAUCCAAAAAAUAAAAUAUACCUUUACCUAUCAAUGGGUCUCCAACCAAAAUAAUGCACUAAAACUGUUUAUAUAUUCAAUCAAAUAUGAUAAUCAUAAAUACCUAAUAUUGAGUACCUACGUAAAAUAAGUUUUUGGUAAAUUUCAACCAAUA